AUGUCAGGACAACAGGCAACCCCAGCAGAACAAGAGGAACAACGCAAAAUUGUUGAGAAGUUCAAGCUUUUGAGAGAACAACAACAGGAUAUUGCUGGAGAAGUUACGAGAAUUGAAGAGGAACGCAGAGAGCAUGAGUGAGUUUUUCUUUGCGAUUUAAAAAUGGAAAAAAACGGGUGGAGGAAGGUUCAGAACCUCGAAUUUUUCACUGAACAAUUUCCGGUCAAAAUUUUUGAAAAAUUCUUGAAAAUUUGAGAAUUUUGAACACUUUUCGAUGUUUUCCUCACAAGUUGAUAACACACCUCGGCCAAUCAGUUGUGGGCCAGAGUACAAUUUUGAAAAUAAAUGAAUUUGAGGUGUUCAAGGGUCCAAAAAUUGAAAAUGUAAAGUUUUUACAUUGAAAAAAAGUUAGCGUACAAUUUUGAUUGUUGGAACCCACAAUUUUGGCCGAGAUGUAGUUUAUAAUAAUUAGGAAUUUGACAAAUUUAAAUUUUACAGACGUGUUCUCGAUUUGAUCAAAGAUUUGGAACCCGAUCAAAAAUGUUUCCGCCUUAUAAGUGAUACUUUGGUCGAAUACACUGUCAAAGAUGUUAUUCCGGAAUUGGACAACAAUAUAGUCAAUGUAGGUUGUUUUUUGAAUUUCUGGAAUUUGAUGCAUUUUUUGGAAUUAAUCUCACAAUCAUCAAGUUUUUCAAAAAAUGUAUAGCUUUUUUUUCGAAGUGAAUUACCAAAAUUGAAUAACAAUUUUUCAAAAAUUAAUAUUUCUUUGCAGUUAACCGCAGUUGUGCUUCAACUCAACAAGCAACUCGUCGAGAAAGGAAAAGAACUCAAUGCUCAUAAAGAAACUCACAAUAUUCGAAUUUUGACCGAAAAAGAAUCACAAGAACUUCGUGCUCGUGAACAAUUAGGAGGACUGAAAAUGCAAUAA